AUAUAUCGCCAGCGGGGAAUCAGGUCGACGGCCGAUGACGACAAAAAUGUGGUGGGACACUGCACGAAUCCAGGAGACAGUUACGAGGCAGUUCAUAUAUUCCAAUCUUUCGCCUUUUGAUUGCGAACUCAUCAGCCGCCCGGUCGUCUCCAGGGGCGGCUUGACCGACCGAUCCUAUGGAUGUCUGAUAUUGGAGAGAGCGAAGCGGAUAUUCCUCAUUUUGUUAGAUCUCGGCUGCCCAGAGCGUAUAUUUGCCGCUCUAGAAAACUCGUGGGAUGACAAUGACCUCCCCCUUGACCCUGAACAAGCGCAGCAGUUGUUGAGCUCACAACCCGACGGUACCAAAGUCGGCGAUCGACGACUCGAACGCAGCUUUUGCGAACGACAGUUCAAGUACCUCUUGAGAUUCCCCCGCAAGGGAGAGCACCUGACCUAUCAACCCCUGGAAUUGGUGCCCCUCGACAUCGCUCGCGAGCCCUGGAAACCGCUGAGGGAAACCAGCAGCAAGAUCAUUGACAGUGUCAGCUUGCCACAGUACCCUGGCCAGACUUUUGAGCGAAGACGAUUCAGGCUGGCAUCAUUGGGCGGCGGUGCAUAUGUGGGAAAGGAUGAAAUCUGCCAGGAGAUUGAACAAGCUCGCACGCUGCAGAGUGUUCAUCUUGUUUCGUACUUUUGCUCGUACCAACAUCAGGACCAUAUCUACGUCCUUUUCGAGCCUGCCUCGGCGAGCAAAAGAAGAUCUCUCAGGACAUUGCUGAGAUCAACCACAACCGACACGGCCAGUCCCGUAGCAUUUGUCAGGAGAACAAGACCAAGAAGAAACGGCGGCGUGAACGGGGUGCAUACGCAGCCGUUGCGGGUUCUCAACUGGGUCAAUUGCCUAGCUGGCACGCUCUGCAUGAUACAUGGGAUUGGCUUGGCCCACGGCAACAUCAAGCCCUCUACCAUUAUGGUAAGAGACGACGAGGAUAUUCUCCUGUCCGAUUUUACGAGAUUAAACCCAUCAGUCUUGGCAAGAGCCGAGGGUCUAGAUAGCUUCGACAAUGAAGCGUACAACUAUGCUGCUCCCGAGCAAUGGAUCCGCACUACGUCAUCCCUGGUGCGUGAUAGAAGUCUUGAGCUGCCGCACCCAGCCAUAAGAACUGACGAGUCCAGAAACUUUGGAAUUCCUCGAGCAUCCACCGACAGUGACCGUACACGUUUGAUAGGCAGCCCUCUUACGGCAGGUGUCACAGCACCAGGCUGGCUCGACCCCAGGGCUGCCGACGUGUUUUCCCUCGGCUGCAUCAUACUCGAGAUGCUCGGGCUUCUGCUGGGGAUCUCGAGCAAAGCCUUCGCCGAACAUCGAGCUGCGAAGCAAAAAACCCAUGGGCGUGGCAGCUCGAUCCCCGACUCGUCGUACCAUCGUAAUCUCGGUCAAGUGGAGGGGUGGAUGGAGUUCUUAGCUAAAAAGGCAACGUCUCAAGACAGAAAAGACAUGACGGAGGGUUCUCGGGAUGUCAAUGUCUUUGCGGCGGUUGUCCCCUUGCUCCACAUGACAGCACGAAUGCUGGCUGUCAAUGCCAUGGGUCGGCCAUCCAUGGAGGAGGUCGAAAGAGAGACGUAUCAAAUACUGACCGAAGUAUGUGGAAUCGACAAGCCGCACUGCAUUUCCAGUCGGAAUGCAUAUGCGCAGGCUGAGCCCACAAGCUCCCAAGCGAACGGCAACUGCUCGAUACCUACAGCGGCUUUUCCGACUGUAAUUACCAGCGACGAGGAGAGUGAGCCCACGAUGAUGGCCGUGUUGAGAACGGAGAGGACUAGUUCACCACCGUUGACUCUCUGUAGCGGGUUGGAGAAGAUCCGAGACUUGCGUAUCAAGAGCAAGUAA